CGCUGCCUGCCUCCCAGCCCGCCUCCUGUGUCUCCCAGCCCCGCUCUGACGUGGGAGGUGAGGGGGGUGGGGGCCCGGAUGACUCACAGUGUUAUGAUGCAGUCCCACAACACACAGCUACAUUCACCCACAGACCGGGGUACCGGCGGGAGGCCGCCUCUGGCCGCCCCCCGCCCCCCGCAGCUGGGCCAGCUUGGCAGCCCGGGUCUGGAGCCCCUCACCACCACCCUCCCCGCCCCCCGCCCCCAGCCCCUUCCCCACUGAAGGAGCGGAAGGAGCCGCGAAGAGAGCGCAGAGAGAUUGAGAGAGAGAGGGGGAGAUAGACGGAGAUCUCUGGAGCCGGCCUCAAGGUGACCUCCAUUUCUGCUUGGCUCACGUCUGGGGGGGCCCUGGCCCGGCAGCCCCCCCGCACCGCUCCCGCCCUGAAACACGGCUCUAGCCAACCUGCUCCGCUGCUUCACCUGCGACCGUCUGUGCGGGGGCUGCACGGCGCCCGCGCCCCCCGCCCGCCAGGGCAUCGUCCUCCAGCCCGUCAUGCCCAGCUGCGACCCUGGCCCGGCCCCCGCCUGCCUCCCCGCCAAGACCUUCCGCAGCUACCUGCCUCGCUGCCACCGCACCUACAGCUGCGUCCACUGCCGCGCACACCUGGCCAAACACGACGAGCUCAUCUCCAAGUCCUUCCAGGGGAGCCAUGGCCGAGCCUACCUGUUUAACUCCGUGGUCAACGUGGGGUGCGGGCCAGCUGAACAGCGCCUCCUGCUCACCGGGCUGCACUCGGUAGCUGAUAUUUUCUGCGAGAGCUGCAAAACCACCCUGGGCUGGAAAUAUGAGCAGGCUUUUGAGACGAGCCAGAAGUACAAGGAGGGGAAGUACAUCAUUGAGAUGUCGCACAUGGUGAAGGACAACGGCUGGGACUGAGGGUUUCCGGCGGCCUCUGCCCUCCCGACGCAUGCCCCACGCUCCCACACCCGCCCCCGCCCGGCCGCGCGUCCACACCAGCAUGAGUACUGCCCCACCCCUGGGGGGGACCCUGCUCCCGCCGCCCCUCCCCCCGCCGCCCCCCCAUCGUGCCCAGGCCCCUCUGGAAUGGGGGUCGGGGGUACCCCAGGGGUGCUGAAGGCUCAAGCGUGGGCAGCAGUCAGGGAGAGACAGAAACGGGGGGAAACGGAUGGCCGUGGGGCCUUGUCGCCCCAAGAUCCCGAAAACCGAGGGGCUGGCGGGGCGGAGACCAGGCAGAGAGGACCCCCGGGAGGAAGCCGUGUUUGCUCCACUUCUGCGAGCGAACAGAGGCCCAACCUCGAGUCCUGGCGCUGGGAGAUCCUAGGCCACAGAAUAGCAGGUGAGAAGAGAGGCUCAAGGUGGGGUGAAAUGCUGACCUCAGACGCCGGAGGCACAGGAGUCUCUUCAGGGUGACGUUUCCCACUCCCCAUUUGCAGGAGCCAGGAUUCGUGGGGGGGGUGGGGGGGACGCGGAAGAAAAAAAAAAAAAUCCCGAGUCCCAGGCCCUGGGAGACCAUCAAAGCAUCCCAGGGGUUUGCAUUUCACUCCACUUGGUAGUUUACUUGGCACUGAAGAGGCACUUUUGAGUAUCUGACCUUUGCCAUGGGGUGGGGUGGGGGGAGGUGCCCCCAGAAACAGCCCGCACCCCCGGCUGGCAGUCUCCAGAGCGAGCAGGGUUGGUGGGCAUCCUCCGAGGCCGGGCUACUGCUCCUUGGGACCCAGGCCCUGGGAGGGAAGGUGGGGGAUCAGUGCCACGAGGCUAGGCGUCCUCGCGGCUGCCACCAGCGAACGAAACUUUUGUAUGAUAUAUAAAGUGUUUGGGUCUAUUUUUAAUAAAAAGGGGAAAGCAACAUGUGA